AUGACACCGGUCUCAUCUUCCACUGCUGCUGUGCUGAAGGGGUUCUCUCUCGCGGCCAUCACUGGCGCUCCACUGUCCGCUGAGGUCGACGCUCAGCUGCACGCGCUUUUUGCGAAGAAGGUGCACCCUAUUGCCUACGAUGGCUUCGAGCCCUCAGGCCGCGUGACGCUCGCUGCCGCGGAUACACACGCGCUGCUCAACAACAAGUUUGGCGGUGAUCUCAAGAAGCUCCAGAGCGUCAGUCUCUACAUGGUCGAAGUGUGGAAAGCGCUCGGUCUCGACGCUGACAAGUCGCAACAUGUCGAGAUCAUGUUGGCGUCGACAGAGACGGCGCGUCAUGCUGGUGUCUACUGGUCACAGGUGCUGGACGCCGCGGGUCGCUUUACUGUCGAGCGUGUGCAGCAGUGUGCACCCAUCAUGGGCCGCAACGACAAUGAUACCGUGCACAACACGAACCGCAUUUUGUACCCACUCAUGCAGCUCGCUGACGGCUUCUUGCUGCAGGCUGACAUCUACCAGCUCGGAGCUGAUCAGGAGCGUGGCAAUGAACUAGUGCGCGAGUACGUCGCACAGAAGGAUCAACUGAACUCACCGGUUUUCCUCACGCACCUACUGCUGCUCGGAUUGAAGCAGGAUCAGUUCAAGAUGACCACAACUGACGCCGAGUCUGCCAUCUACGUGGAUGACACGGCUGCAGAGGUUAAGGCCAAGAUCAAGAAAGCGUUUUGCGUACCCGGUGAGGUGGAAGGCAACCCGGUUUUGAACUACAUGAAACAUUUGGUGUUUCCCUUUCAUGCGGAGGGGGUUACGGUAGAACGCAGUGAGAAGAACGGUGGCAAUCUCGCUGUCAUUACGUACGAAGAGCUGGAAGCGGCUUUUGCGACCGGCGGGGUGCACCCAGCGGACCUGAAGCCGUGUUUGACCACGUACGUUAAUGAACUGCUUGAGCCAGUCCGCAAGCACUUCGCUAGCGGCCCACUCAAGACGAUGUUGUCGAGCAUCAAGAAGCUCAAUGUAUCUCUGACGCCCGAUAGCGACAAGCUGACCAGUCUGUCGUUGCCCGGAUUUCCGGAGGCUAGUAAAGAGUGGAAGGCGUCAUUGUUGUCUCUUGAGGAGCGCUUUGCCAUGGCGCGCUCCGUUGGUGAGGAAUGCAUUCAGGAGAGUGAACUGCAAGCGCUGAUGGAGAAGAAAGAUCACCCUGUGUGCUACGAUGGCUUUGAGCCGUCAGGGCGUAUGCACAUUGCCCAGGGCGUUUUACGCACGGUGAACGUGAACAAGCUUACGUCAGCAGGCUGUGUGUUCCGCUUCUGGGUGGCGGAUUGGUUUGCUAUGCUGAACAACAAGAUGGGUGGCGACUUGGACAAAAUCCGACUCGUGGGUCAGUACAUGGUGGAUAUUUGGAAGUCAGUAGGGAUGGACAUGGCCAACGUGGAGUUUUUGUGGGCGUCGAAGGAGAUCAUUUCACACGUUGCCUCGUACUGGUUGCGUGUGAUGGACAUUGCUCGCCGCACCACCAUUGCUCGCACGCUGAAGUGCUGUACGAUCAUGGGCCGCAAGGAAACGUAA